AUGGCUGAGGUCCACCAGGGUGUGCGGACGGGAGUGGCCGUGUACGCGGCAAAUAGUCCGUGCGAGGACAUGCACCUGCAGACCGCGGUGGGAGGCGGAAGCGUGGUGGCGGUGUUGGACGGACACGGUGGGGCGCGGGCGGUCGCCUUUGCCCGCAACAAGCUUGUGGCUGCGCUCGGCGAGGCGUUGGAUGGCGUACCUCCCACUGGAGUAGGUGCGGCCAUGCAAGGAGCUCUGCUGGCAGUUGAUGAUGCGCUGCUGGCCGAGAUCAAGGCCAAGCCGUAUCCGACCACCGAGGCCGAGUUUGACGACAAGAUCGGCCUGAUGGAGCAAGGCGCGUGCGCGUCGCUGGUGUGGAUCCCGACGCACGGGCGCGGCGAGAUGGCGGUGGCACAUCUGGGUGAUACGCGAGUUGUGGCCGGCUCGCCAUUGGGCGUUGCCCACGCUCUCUGCGAGGUGCACAACGCCGCAGAGCCUGCCGAGCGAGCCCGGCUCCAGGCUGCGCUGCCAAAGGACAAGCGCCUGUUUAAGACAUAUCCGGGGGCAGAGCCGGGCUCACUCAAGUACUAUGUCAAGGGCAUUGUGCAGGUGACCCGAGCGCUCGGCGACGGAUAUCUCAAGGACCGCGAGCUAGCUCGACUGCACAACAAAGCCGCGCCACAGUUCAAGGUCUCGCCGCUGCCCAAAGAGGCUGCGCCGUACGUCUCGCCGCACGCACAAGUCGCGUCGCUCGUCAUCGGGCGCGGAAGCAAGGACGAGCCCGCCUUUGUCGUUGUUGCCUCCGAUGGGCUCUGGGACCACAUGACCGACGGUGAGGUGACUCGCUUUGUGGCGAGCCGGCUGACCGCUGCCGCCCUGGCCGGCCCGGCCCGCUCCCAGAUCUCUGACGCCGCCCUCAACGCCACAGCACAGGCUCUCAUUGAUGCUGUCCUUGACAAAGUUGCCGCCGGCUUUGAGCUCACCCGUGCCGAGCUCGAAGCCAAAGUCGCCGGCGCUCGCGGCGACUCGGGUCGGCGAUCCUACCACGACGACAUCACCGUCAUUGUGGCGCUCCUCCCGGUCCCGCCUCCUGCAGCUGUGCCAGCUGAAGCAAGCUCGCCCAUGGUGCGCCAGCCAUCGCGUCCGCUCAUGCCCAUCGCCGAGGUCGGCCGUGACUUUUCGGUCGUCAACACCACAGCCAAGAUGCAGGCGCUCUCGUCGCCGCCUGUCGCGCCGGUUCGGUCCCGCCGCAAGCGGGCUCCGCCGACGUCGACUGCGCCCUGCUCAGUCGAGCAGAGCCAAGCCGCUGAGAGCUCGCCACUACAAACCCGGGCCCAGCGCAGGCUGAAGCGGCAAAAGCGGUUGGGCCGGUGAGUGUGCCUCCGUCUAGCACGUUUGCGCCAUGCACGUGCAGCCCAAAGUGAAAGACUGGAAUAGAA